AUGAGUGGUUUCUCCAAAAUCCUGCCAUCAGUGCAAAAAUUCCGAGCUGCACUUCAAAAGGGGAGAAAGACCACAAAGGACAAGGACCGAUCCCAGCCGGAUAUUCCAGGAUCCUUGUCUGAGCUUGGUUUAGACGACGCCAAUCGUCUGCCGCCGUGGGGCCUUCCCGUCGAGAUCCAAAUCUUAAUCUUCGCCCACUGCAGGACCGUCGAUUUCCUCCAUCUAAAGCUAGUCUGCAAGGCCUUCAAUCGGGUCUUGACCUUUCAUGAACAUGCUAUCGUUCGCUUAUACCUUCGCCGACACCGCCAUGGCAGUCUUCCCUCCCCAAUCGAUAACGAACGUACCUAUACCCGGAAUCCCGAAGACGAUGUUGUCCUCCUAUCCGACUUAUUUCCCCCCUCCAAAAGCGCCCGAGGUGGUCACCUUUAUACGUACCGGUACCUGUGGAGCUUGCGAGAGAGGCAAAGGCUCUGCUCAAGAUUGUGCUACUACCUGGCAGACAGGGUGAUGGAUCGAUUCGUGCAGGCCGAGCCGAUUUUCGACAAAGCUUCUUUUCCAACGAAGAGGGCCGAGCGAGCAGCAUUGGUGAAGCAAGGCAAAAGUACCCUGUGGUUUCACCUUGCGCCGUUAAUGUACUACACUUUAUAUUACCUCGAGACGUAUGCAUCUGCCCGUCGUGAACACACCAACAUGCUUCUCCGGGAGUACGAAGCCGGAAACAUCUCCGUCCCAGUAGCGUUGCACACGCGUCAAAGCAUGUACCGCGAGCUCCAGACUCGAAUCCUUCGCGAACCUCCCUUCAACAAUACCGCGGCCCUCGUUGCGACUCACCACUGUAUGCAUUUGCUGGUGUCAUAUAUCCGGUAUACCAUGGCACCCGAAGGAGAACCCGACGACUCGUGGAUCAGUUCUCUCCUCACUGUCUCGCCCUUCGCCCGGAUCGUCGAAUUCUUCUCCGCCGAGAUCGGCGAUGGGGGAAACCAGCGCAUGCAACGGAAAGACUUUAUGUAUAAUUUUUAUCACGAUACGCGCGCGCACGAAAAAGAUCGCAUGAACUCCGUGGUUUGGGGUCGGGCUUCUGACCGAAACCCGCAUAAUUCGCAUACUUCUGUGCGCGACCUUUGGUUUGAUGUCGCCAAGGCAGAACUUGCGUCGCGAAAUGCGAUUCCUCACGAUAUAGAGAGUGUUUGGCGCUGGAAUGGGAUUCCUAUUCUGUUUGGAUGCCCGGAUUGUCAUCGCACGCCGGGAUGGAGAGCAUAA